UCCAAUCCAGCCUCAGCCAGCGCCGCGCCGAUGUGAAGUCGCCCCCCAGCUCUCGCACACAGGCGCGCACACGCACACGCUCCCCGCGGCGAGGGGAGGGCGCCGGGGAUCGCAGCCCAGGUGCCAGCGCCUCCUCGCCCCGCCGGCCACUGCUGGGCGGCCGCGGCGCAGCAGCGCCGGUCCCCGGGGCACCGAGAGCCUGCUCUGGGACGGCGGGGUGGGGGACAGCCGAGGAGGAGAGGAGCUGCCGGAUCCCAGCCCUGCCGAGCCCCCAGGAUUACAAGGAAUUGCGUGCUCCUUCCCAGACGUGAGCGAGGGUUAUACCAAAGAACCAGCCUCCUUCGCGCCCUGCUGCCCAAAUUAAUCCCUUGGACCCUUGAGAAGACAGGGGGUUUUUCGGAGCCAUGGCAUCGACCGAAGGUGCCAACAAUAUGCCUAAGCAAGUAGAAGUCCGGAUGCAUGAAAGUCAUUUAAAUCCAGUGGAGCACAGAUCCAGGAACAUAUGUGUGCAGUUCUGCCAGUCUCUCCACAGGAAUCUGCUCCUGACUCUCACUGUGUUUGGUGUUAUCCUGGGUGCAGUGUGUGGGGGUCUCCUUCGUCUAGCAACACCUAUUGACCCUGACAUCAUCAUGUUAAUAGCCUUCCCAGGGGAUAUACUCAUGAGGAUGCUAAAAAUGCUGAUCCUCCCUUUAAUUAUCUCCAGUUUAAUCACAGGACUGUCUGGAUUAGAUGCUAAAGCAAGUGGCCGGCUGGGGACAAGAGCCAUGGUCUACUACAUGUCCACCACUAUUAUUGCUGCUGUGCUGGGUGUGAUUCUGGUUUUAGCCAUCCAUCCAGGGAAUCCCAAACUCAAGAAACAGCUUGGUCAAGGGAAGAAGAAUGAUGAAGUAUCUAGUCUGGAUGCCUUCUUGGAUUUGAUCCGAAACUUGUUCCCUGAAAAUCUGGUUCAAGCAUGCUUUCAGCAGAUCCAAACAGUCACCAAGAAAGUGCUGGUGCCACUACCUGUUGAAGAGCCACCUAAUGUCACUGAUUCUGCUCUUGCUAUGGUGAACGAGACAGCACCACCUGAAGCCCAAAUGGUCAUUAAGAAGGGACUUGAAUUUAAGGAUGGCAUGAAUGUCCUGGGUUUGAUAGGAUUCUUUAUUGCUUUUGGCAUUGCUAUGGGGAAAAUGGGAGAACAGGCCAAGAUGAUGGUGGAUUUCUUCAACAUCCUGAAUGAGAUUGUAAUGAAGUUAGUAACCAUGAUCAUGUGGUAUUCCCCGCUGGGUAUUGCUUGCCUCAUCUGUGGAAAAAUCAUUGCCAUCAAGGACUUGGAAGUAGUUGCUAGACAACUUGGCAUGUACAUGGUCACUGUGAUUGUGGGUCUUGUCAUCCAUGGAGGGAUCUUCCUGCCUCUGCUCUACUUUGUGAUAACAAGGAAAAGCCCAUUUUCAUUCCUUGCUGGGAUUUUCCAGGCAUGGAUCACAGCAUUAGGCACAGCUUCCAGUGCUGGAACAUUGCCUGUCACAUUCCGGUGUCUUGAAGAAAACCUUGGCAUUGAUAAGCGUGUAACAAGGUUUGUUCUUCCUGUUGGAGCAACUAUUAACAUGGAUGGAACUGCCCUUUAUGAAGCUGUGGCUGCCAUCUUCAUAGCACAGAUGAAUGGAAUUGACCUGGAUGGAGGCCAGAUAGUUACUGUGAGUUUGACUGCCACCCUUGCAAGUGUUGGAGCUGCCAGCAUUCCCAGCGCAGGACUUGUCACUAUGCUGCUGAUCCUGACUGCAGUGGGUCUCCCUACCCAGGACAUCAGUUUGCUUGUUGCUGUUGACUGGCUUUUGGACCGGAUGAGAACGUCAGUCAAUGUAGUGGGGGACUCCUUUGGUGCUGGCAUUGUCUACCACCUUUCCAAGGCAGAACUUGACACCAUUGAUUCCCACCAUAAAGGGCACGAAGACAUUGAAAUGACCAAGACUCAGUCAAUGUAUGACGACAUGAAAAAUCAUAGGGAAAACAACUCAAACCAAUGUGUUUUUGCAGCUCACAACUCAGUCAUGGUAGAUGAGUGCAAGGUAACACUGGCAACCAAUGGCAAAUCUGCAGACUUCAAUGUUGUUGAAGAAGAGCCUUGGAAGCGGGAAAACUAAGUGAAGAGAUUCUUAGCAGUAUCCUUAAUAAGUCCUGAAGCUAUCUUGUGGCAGAAGAUACCAUGAUUAAAGAAGAUUUCUCUCUUUUUUUUUUUUUUUUUCCCCUAUUUAACAUCUACAGUUUCUGCUUAAUUUUGUAACUGAAACUUAGCAAAGAUCUGAUCAAGUCAUUGUAGUGUCUUUGCCAAGCAAUGAUCCAUAGCCAUCUGUCUCCCUUGAGUUACUGUUUGGAUGAUGCACCUGGAGAAUGCUCCGUGCAGUGCAAUGUGCUCUCACCCACUUCCCCUUUCAUUCAAGACACAGAGAAUGUAAAUGCUGCAAAAUGGGAAGAUCAAAGUGCCAGUACAGUUCACUACAGGGACUCAGGGUCACAGAUACAAGAGAAACACAACACCACGUAAGCCUUCAAGUGUUUUGGUGACUCUUGUGGCACACCCGAUCUGUUUAUCACUGUAUGGCUAAAAUACCUUUUGAAAACAUCCAUAAAGAUUUCUAUUUGUUUUGAUAAUAACAAGCACUGUACUUUUGUGCCUAGUUGUACUUUAAACUGAGCUUAGAUCUGGGGGCAGGAUUAAUGAAUGCAAGUCAAUAAAUGAUCCCAGGCAUUUUGUUAGAUCAGUACAACUAAAACUUAGCAUUGAGAGAAGACCUCAUAUUUGUAUGUGCGUGCGGUGUGUUUUUAUCAGAUGUCCCAGGGCAGGUGCAGCCUUUACUUCGUGCUGGGGCUGUGCUGCUUUGUGACCACAGUGCACCAUACAAUACAAGGCACUAGAAUUACAGGGGUGGUAGUUCCUUCACUCAUCUAUGGCUGGUGUGCAAAAUACAGAAAACCAUGGACUCAGUUGUGCCAUUUUUAAUCAAAGUAGGUGGUACCUUACUAUUCGCCCUGCUCCACUGAUGUCAGAGGGGUUUCUCACGUGGAUAGGAUGCUGAAGUAAGGUACCACUAAGGUUGAUUAUGGAUGUCAUGAUUGGGUACUUGAUAAUGAGCUGCAAACAAGUUCUGAAUCCAUUACUCUUAGAGAAUGUUUGAAUGUGAUCAUCAGUAGCAUUUGCUCCGAAGUGAAAGCUGUCUUUCAAUAUGUCAUGUUUCAGAGAGUGGCUAAAUCCUGAAUUCAUUGCUAAACCAAAUUCCAUAUAAGGUUAAGAGAACUUGUCCAGGGUUAGGACUGAAUGGAAAUGAAACCAGAAUUUCAGGAUUUAGGCCAGUAUGUUGAUUUUACAUCUUUGUCUCUUUUGCAGAGUAAUAACUCCCUAAUGUCAGAGAAAUGUUUCUCUGAGCAUAUAGCAUCUGAAUUGAUGAGAUAGUAUUUGGUCAACACACUAUAUCUGACUCAACCUGUCAGAAGAAAUUGCAGUGAGAAUAAACACCUUGAGAAAUUUUUUUAAAGGUGCUUGUUAAUACUUAGCAAUUUUAAGAUACUGGUGAAUAUCAUUAUGCUGUUAGCAAUGUUCCAUAGCAAAGCUGAGCCACAUGGCCUUGGAAGGUUCUAACCACAGAACAAGCUUUGUGCAGUUUUGGGGGGAACUCUCAGAAGUUUGCAGAAUGAUUCAGAAUAUGAGCAUACGGCGAAUUUAAAAAUGGCAAGAAACAGAGUUC